AUGACUCGCAGUCAACUCCCUGAAACAGUACUGCUGCUGUUGGCUUUUCCUACUGUCUUCUCCCGAGAACCAAAAUUGAUGCUCUUCCAAUCAAGAAUGAACAUAGAACGUUUACAGCUACUGAAAACUUGGCCAGUCUCAUCAAUCCAGCAGUGUCUAGCACACAGGAAAAGUUUCCUGCUCCCUCAGCAGUCUGUGAGCCGUCCCCAGUAUGGAAGAGAGCAUGCGCUGGCUGUUCUGCACGAGGUCCUUCAGCAGAUCUUCACCCUCUUACAGACGCAUGCUUCUCUGGGCGUUUGGAAGGAAAACAAUAUAGAAAACGUGCUAGCUGCGCUCCACCAACAGUUGGAAUACGUGCAGUCACUAGCUGAACUAGAAGCGGACCGGCAGGGUGCUGGAAGAACCUUAGGUUACAGUGUGCAGAACCUUAGGUUACAAGUCAAAGCAUACUUCAGGAGGAUCCACAAUUUCUUGGAAAGCCAGAGAUACAGCAGCUGUGCCUGGAUCAUUGUCCAGGUAGAAAUCAACCGAUGUAUGUUCUUUGUGUUCAGGCUUACAACAUGGCUGAGCAAACAAGAACUAGUCCCCUGAACACGGUGAAGCAGGAGCCAAGUGUAGAUUUUCAAAACGUGGGUUGGUGGCAGAGUGGGAGGAGAUAUAUGAACAUUCGUGUUUCCUUUUGGUGUAAAAUGCCUGCAUUGUUGUUUUGCUUCUGCGUGUGUCU